AUGGAGGACACUGUCAAUGUACAUUGCGACGAUCAAACCGCGGCGUACGGCGAGAAGGUUAAGAAAAGAGACGACGGAAAACACCCGACAUACCGCGGCGUACGGCGGCGGAGCUGGGGAAAAUGGGUGUCGGAAAUUCGUGAACCGAGGAAGAAAUCAAGAAUAUGGCUUGGAACGUUUGAAACCCCGGAAAUGGCUGCUAGGGCCCAUGAUGUAGCGACUAUCACAAUCAAAGGCCAAUCAGCUUUUCUCAACUUCCCGGAGUUGGCUCACGAUUUUCCCCGCCCAGCGUCAAUCUCUCCUAAGGAUAUUCAAGCCGCGGCCAAAGCCGCCGCCUUAAUAUUUCGGAAAACCCAUGAAGCUGAAGGUGAAGCUGAGCUCCGCCGUGAGGAGGUUGUGGGUCUGUACUCUACGGAGGCCACCGGAGACUCAUCAAAUUCAGCUUUAAUCCCCGCCGACGACCCUUUUGCGGGCUUGCCUGAUCUCUUUCCCGACGGUGGUGAUCAAACUGAUGAGUUCGGUGAAUUCUCGUACACAUCGCCAUGGCAACUGCCCGAAGCUGAGUAUGUUGGUAGUGGGUUCUGGCCCAAAGAAUCUUUGUGGAACUGCAGCUAA